CGAUGCAGCAGAACGGUUUAGAUUCAAAUAUCGGAUAUCUUCAGUAAUACUUAAUGAGCGCAUUGACGCACACCCACAGUGUGCUACAUUAACAUUUGACUAACCAGCUGAGAAGCAGUGGGAAUAUACUGGAGUAAAGUAAUGAGUAAACAUUUCAGUGAUUUUAAUGAAAUCAGUUGUUGAAAUGGAUUUAUAUACGAGUUUAUAAAUUAUAAUUUAAAAAAAUGGAACAAUUGUAAUGUGUUUUAGUAAUGAUUAAUAGUCUUGAAUACAUGUUCUUCUGUCCUACGUGGGUGCGACCAGUAUUCCGACAGCCUGCAAGUGUUGACUGACAACAGUCACCCGAAUAUCGGCUUCAUUAAACAUCAAACAGAACACCUAGAAAAAAAAACACAAAUUGAUAUCAGCUUUGCAAAAUAUCCACGAAUUCGACCAUGCAUUCAAACAGUGCAGCUUCUAUACUCAACGAGUAUAACUUAACCGAUGACAACAGUACCAUUAAUGGAUCCGACAAAUAUUAUUUCAGCAGUGACCUAAUUCGACGUGAAAAAUCGGCGGACUUCUUUCCCGUUCUCAUGCCAUCGUUUAUCUACACAGCAGUUCUCAUGCUCUUUGGAAUGCCUGGUAACUUAAUUGUUGUUAUAGUAUAUAAGUUUAAAAUGGCAAAAACGACAUCCCGACACUUCAUUAUCGCAUUGGCAGUUUUUGACUUCAUUAACUGUGCGUUCGGGAUGCCAGUGGAGCUGUGGUUGUUGACAAAUUUCUAUAACUUCGAUCACCCUAUUCUGUGCAAACUGUCUAGGUUUUCGACGUUUACUAUGAACAACGCCUCAACAUGUGUCCUGAUUGGAAUCGCUGUAGACCGCUUUAGACGUGUGUGCAUGCCGUUGCGUCCAAACAUGACUGUGAAACAUUCCAAGAUAAUGUGUAUUUCUUUUGCGGUAAUUUCCGUUAUCCUCGCGAUACCCGCAUUGUUUAUAUACAAUACCAAAACCAUUCCUCAAUCAACAAAAGUCAAUGGAACGUUUAUUAACAUGGAUUUUAAAACAUGUUACGUGGUUUCAAAAUCCGGGUCCCCUGUCCCGUUAAUAUUUAGCUCGUAUCUCUUUGUCAUCAUUAUCCUCAUGAUAUUAUCACUGACCAUCAUGUACGCUCUUAUCGGAAGGGUGGUUUGCUCCACCAGACAACCUGACAGAUCAAAUACUAAUGAACAUGGUGGCAACAAACAUUUUAUUGUUGUUGACAAUACAACAUUAGACCGCUCUAGGUUUUCAACUCGUUUAAUGCGAUCUCUGUCUCACUACUCGCCAAACUUCUCCACAAGACAGAAAUCCCCGGGCAAUGCUUCGCCAUUGCGGGACAUCAUCGAGCCGCUUGCCGCGGCCAAGCGUUCUCAUUCGGACUUGUCCAUGCGUAGACAUGGCGGAAGAGAAAUACGAGCUGGCAGAACAACCCUGAUAUUAUUUAUAGUAACCCUAGUGUUCGUGUUGUCCUUCGUUCCGUAUUUAGCCUUAACCUCGAUACGGUAUAUUUCGCCGGAGAAGAUUGAAAAAAUUUCAAACUCUGGAAUGAUGAUGUAUCAUUUUGCGUUGCGUUCGUAUCUACUGAACAGCGCUGUCAAUCCUCUCAUUUAUUGCUUCCUUAACAGAAAGUUUAGAGAGAAAGUUAAGUUACUUUUUAAGUCUGUGUUCUGUAGAUGUUGCAUGAAGAACUAAUCGAUAAUUAAUUUGUUGAUUACGUGACUUGGCACGUGAAUAUACUACAACAUAAUUUAAGACUCCAGCAUUUAAAUCAUUUUUCAUUCAGUUGUGUCCUUCUUGUUUUAGUUCCCUGGUCAGGGAUUACAAUCUCCUAGAGUUUUUGAUCCGAUGAUAAAAUGUGUGUUCUCUUCAAAAACUAUUUGUGUGUAUGUAUAUAACAAUACAAACGUUUCUCUCAGUGCAGAAUUUAUUAAAACUGUUAAGCUUACAAAAAAGAUCAAAUAUUUCAUUAAGAGAAGAUCUGUUGGCGAUAUACAUGAAUUGUACAAUAUACUGUGAAUGUUGAAGUAUGUUUUUAUAAUCAAUAUUUUAUCCAGUCACACAUUAUUAAAAUACUUCGAUAACAUUUCGCAGUUAUUUACACUGUUUUCAACUUAAAGAAACUGCUCGAAAUCCGUAUUUAUCUAUACCAUUUUUGUUUAAAGAAUGCUUCAUUGAUAAUAUAACAGUAAAUGCAUACGACAAUUUAAUGAAAAGUUGUUUUGUUGUUGUUAAAUAUGAAUUGAAUGUUCAAUGUCAAUAUACGGGACUGCCUGUUCGUAUUGUGUGUUUUGCAUAAGAUCUAUAUAGUCAUUGUAUUGAUUUGAUUGUUAUACAACGAUCAAUGCCCUAUUCGUUGCUUAGUCAUACUUUCGAUUCAUCCGUUGGAAAAAUGGCUCUAAUUUACAUGGUUAAUAAUCUUUGAACGUUUCUAAAUGUGUUGAUAUCCAAAAUGUAUUUUGUUUUUGAAAUAAAACAUAAGACAAAUAAAAAACGCGUUAUCCUUAAUUGUCCGAUGUGACAGAAAUAGAGGAUAUUUGUUCAUGUCACGAGUAAAAAUAUUAUUUUUCUAUGAUCACGAGUGAAAUAACAAACAAUCUAACACAGACGUGAACACAUUUUCUGUUUCUUUUAUGCCCCCUUUUCAAGAAAAUAAUUAACAGCUGUUUCCCUUUCGCUGAAAAGUUAUCCUGUUUCCCGUGGCAUGCCUCAAUACAUUUCAAAACACAAAAUGACGUCAUUUGUGUGACGAAAUGACGUCAUUAUACCAACGACAUUCUCCAGUUAAAAUCUUUUACAAUUUAUCCCAUUUUCACCGCGACAUUGACGGUAUAACACGUUGUGGAAUAUACUUGCUUGUAGAGUGAAUAUACUACAACAUAAUUUAAGACUCCAGCAUUUAAAUCAUUUUUCAUUCAGUUGUGUCCUUCUUGUUUUAGUUCCCUGGUCAGGGAUUACAAUCUCCUAGAGUUUUUGAUCCGAUGAUAAAAUGUGUGUUCUCUUCAAAAACUAUUUGUGUGUAUGUAUAUAACAAUACAAACGUUUCUCUCAGUGCAGAAUUUAUUAAAACUGUUAAGCUUACAAAAAAGAUCAAAUAUUUCAUUAAGAGAAGAUCUGUUGGCGAUAUACAUGAAUUGUACAAUAUACUGUGAAUGUUGAAGUAUGUUUUUAUAAUCAAUAUUUUAUCCAGUCACACAUUAUUAAAAUACUUCGAUAACAUUUCGCUGUUAUUUACACUGUUUUCAACUUAAAGAAACUGCUCGAAAUCCGUAUUUAUCUAUACCAUUUUUGUUUAAAGAAUGCUUCAUUGAUAAUAUAACAGUAAAUGCAUACGACAAUUUAAUGAAAAGUUGUUUUGUUGUUGUUAAAUAUGAAUUGAAUGUUCAAUGUCAAUAUACGGGACUGCCUGUUCGUAUUGUGUGUUUUGCAUAAGAUCUAUAUAGUCAUUGUAUUGAUUUGAUUGUUAUACAACGAUCAAUGCCCUAUUCGUUGCUUAGUCAUACUUUCGAUUCAUCCGUUGGAAAAAUGGCUCUAAUUUACAUGGUUAAUAAUCUUUGAACGUUUCUAAAUGUGUUGAUAUCCAAAAUGUAUUUUGUUUUUGAAAUAAAACAUAAGACAAAUAAAAAACGCGUUAUCCUUAAUUGUCCGAUGUGACAGAAAUAGAGGAUAUUUG